AUGGCUACUACACUACUCCUGUCGGCAUGUCUCGCCCUGCAAGCCGCAGCCAGAACGGUCAGAUCGCCCACACCUCCUAUGGGAUGGAAUUCUUAUAACACUUGGAACUGCUUCCCUUCUGAGGAGAAGAUUAAAACAAGCGCCCAAGGACUUGUCGAGCUCGGACUUGACAAGGUUGGUUACAACUUCGUGACAGUCGACUGCGGCUGGAACUCACAAGACCGAGAUGCUGAGGGUAAACUUCAAUGGAAUGAGACCCUCUUUCCAUCCGGUGGUAAAGCACUCGGUGACUUCAUCCACGGUUUGGGACUGGAUUUCGGCCUUUAUUCUGGCGCUGGAUACCUGCAAUGUGGGUCAGAAGUGCUACCUGCGAGUCUGGGAUUCGAGCAGUUGGAUGCCGAGAGCUUCGCUGAGUGGGGAGGAGAUAGUCUGAAAUAUGAUAACUGCUACUCUACCUCUAACACGACCAUGGUUGACUCCAGUUCGGCAGAGUCACAGUCUCCAGCACGCUUCCAACAUAUGGCGGCCGAGUUAGAAGCAGUAGAUCGUGACAUCAAGUACUAUGUCUGUCAGUGGGGGAUCGGUACCGACGUUGGAGAAUGGGCUGCCAAGAUUGGCAACACGUGGCGAAUCAGCAACGACAUCUACAAUGCGUGGCGCAGCAUUUGGCGCAUCACGAAUCAAGUGGUGCCAUACUUUAGACAUACGACUGUUGGUGCAUUUGCAGACAUGGACAUGCUGAUCGUUGGACUCAACGCCCUUUCAGAAGAGGAAGAGCGCUUUCAUUUUGGGAUGUGGGCUAUCAACAAAUCGCCUCUCAUUAUCGGCGCUGCAGUCGACCCUGAGCGCAUCAGUCAGAGCUCUGUAGACAUCUUGGAAAACAAAGAAGUCAUUGCCAUCAACCAAGAUCCACUUGCUCAGCAGGCAAUGCUGGUCCGUCGGGACACUGAAGAAGAGUGGGAUAUCUGGAUGGGAAAGCUCUCGGGAUCAAGAGUAGUAUUGGGGGUCGCGAACUGGAAGAAUGACUCUCAAACCGUAGGCUUCGAGCUUGCAUCACUAGGCAUAGCUUCGGCUGAUGUGCGCGAUGUUUGGGCCGCGAAAGACCUUGGUGCUGUGUCCGGCUCCCAGACGAUUGAUCUGGCUGGACAUGAACUGCGACUAUGGGUCCUAUCCAACAUAGUUGCAGCUGCUCCGCUCAAAUCAGACUCGUACCACUCCGCCGCCGAUGCGUCGCUUUCCGGACCAGCACAUGUUCUUUCAUGUGCUACCGGAGCAUGUCUUCCCACCGGCUCGAAGAUCGGGUACAUCGAUCGCAGCAGCAGCGUACUCUUCGCUAAUGUUAGCGCCCAGUCUGCUGGUAAGAAUCUCGUAGGCGUCGACUUCGUCAACUACGACUACGCCUUCACUACUGCUUGGGAAUGGGGCGACAACGCGCGAAACAUGACGAUCGCGGUCAACGGUGUUGAGGCGAAGAGAUGGGCCUUUCCUCUAUCUGGUGGCGACUGGGAAGAAAGCCUGCGGCUCCACAUUGAGGUUGAUGGGUUUGUUGAAGGCACAGAGAACACGGUGGAGUUCAGAGGCUACGGAGACAGCUUUGCGCCAGAUCUUGUAGGCUUUGAGAUUCUGAGCAGCGCAUGA